AUGGACACAUGUUUUGAAACUUUGAGGAACUCAUUGAAGCUUCACAACUACGAAGUAAAUAAAGAGCUUUUAAAAUCACCUCUCCAGCAAACAUUCUCUGGACACGACAUUCAGACUUAUAAUUGGAUUAGAUUUGCUGCAACGUAUUUGAAUUCGGAUAGUAGUUUCUCAUGGGCUGUCAGAGAGCUUGAUAAGGUUGUUGCGAGUUCCACGUAUAUCAAUGGCAACGAGUUAACAUUGUCCGACUUAGCCAUAUGGAUUUUCCUUGAAAUAAGUCCAAGGUGGAGUGAACAUAAUAAACCAGAAAACAAUGUUAAGUCCUUUACUAAUCUCAAACGAUAUUAUGACCAACUCAGUUCUCUUCCGUCAAUUCAAAAACUGAAAACAAAAAUUCAUGAAUCGAAAAUAACCUCGAAAAGUCUUACUGAUGAAACAGAAUUAACAAGUGAUGUCAUUGGUAAGACUCACGCUUCAGAUAUGAGGUUUGAGAAGGGUGGAAAAUUCGGUGAACUUCCCGGUGCAAAAGUAGGCGAAGUUGUGGUUCGUUUUCCUCCAGAGGCUAGUGGAUACUUACAUAUUGGUCAUGCUAAAGCAGCUCUAUUAAAUCAACAUUAUAGGGAAAUAUUUAAAGGCCGGUUAAUAUUACGCUUUGAUGAUACUAAUCCGGAUAAAGAAAAAGAAUGCUUUGAGAAAUCAAUUCUAUCUGAUCUACCACGAAUUGGUGUCACAUGGGAUGUGAUGUCGUCUACAUCUGACUAUUUUGAUCAAAUGUUACACUUGUGCGAAAAGUUGAUCAGAGAAGGUAAAGCCUAUGUAGACGACACAGACUUGGAGACUAUUCGUAUUCAAAGAGAAGCUAGACAAAUUUCUGCUUGCAGAGAUAAUUCUAUCGAAAAGAAUUUAACCUGGUGGGAGGAAAUGAAAAAUGGAACAGAACAUGGAUUAAAGUGUUGUGUCCGUGCUAAAAUUGAUAUGUCCUCGAAUAAUGGAGCUUUACGUGAUCCAACAAUUUAUCGUUGUAAACUAGAACCGCAUAUCCGUACAGGCUCCAAGUAUAAGGUUUAUCCAUUGUAUGAUUUUGCCUGUCCAGUUGUGGAUAGUCUCGAAGGUGUGACUCAUGCUUUACGAACAUCUGAAUACAACGAUCGCAAUGAACAAUAUGCAUGGAUAUGCAACAGUUUAGGCAUACGGUGUCCAAUGGUAAUUGACUAUAGUCGUCUCGCCCUUCAGAAUACUGUCUUAUCAAAACGUAAACUUACAUGGUUUGUAGAAGAAGGCAUUGUCGAUGGAUGGGAUGAUCCUAGAAUGCCUACAGUUUCUGGGAUACUUCGUCGUGGUAUGACCUCUGAAGGUCUACGCCAGUUUAUAUUAGCUCAAGGAUCAAGCCGAUCAUCUGCUUUAAUGGAAUGGGAUAAAAUAUGCUCCAAGAUCUACGGCUCUUUUACUAGAUUCUCAUUUAAAAGUCAUGAUGGUACACCGCCUGGUUUGGUUUGUGUACGAGUACAAGGUCAAACAGAUUAUGUUGAAAAGCAGGUACCAAUUCAUCCAAAAAAUGAGUCUCUAGGACAUCGUCCUAUACUGCUUGGUCCGGAAGUAUUUGUUGAACAAGCUGAUGCAGUAUUGUUCAAGAAAGGUGAAAAUGUAACAUUUAUCCAUUGGGGUAAUCUACGUAUCAUUGAUAUACAUAAAGAAGGCCAAGUGAUAAUUGGAAUUGAUGCUUGCCUUAAUUUAGAGGAUACGGAUUAUAAGAAGACACUGAAAGUCACUUGGUUAGCUAAACCAUCCAAGUCACAUCCACAAUUGAUUCCGGUCAGCUGUUUAAUAUAUGAUAAUCUUUUGAAUAAAGCAGUUCUGGGCAAAGAUGAUGACUUUAAACUAUUUGUUAACAAGGAUUCAAAGAAAGAACAAUGCCUACUUGGGGAUAAUGAUUUAUCCAACCUUAAAAAAGGCGAUAUUGUACAACUCCAACGUCGUGGUUUCUAUAUCUGUGAUGCGCCUUAUGAAGUAUCUUGUGCAGCUACUGGUCAUGAAUCCCCUUGUGUCCUUAUUCAAAUCCCCGAUGGUACAUCAAAAGAUGAAGGCGCUGUCACCAAUUCUCAAGUUUCACAGGUGUCUUCUAAAUCAGGAUCAGUUAAAGCUAAUAAAGUUGUUAAAAGUGACAUGACACCAGAAGAGGCGGCAAAAGCAGCUGAACUGGAAAGAAAGAAAGCUGAGAAAAAAGAAGCUCGAAAAGAGGGUAAAUUGAAAGCGAAACAGAAAUUGUUAGAAAAUGAUUCCUCCUCCGUCUCAUCAGCAUCACCGGCAGUUGCCGCAGCCACAGCAGCGGCAACAACGACAACAGAAGCAGCACCACAACCAGUAGAAGUACUUACCGUCGAUAAAACGAUUAACAAACCAGCUGUAAAGAAGUCAAACGAAAAAUCGAAUCAAUCUGUUACAAAAUGUGAACAAUCUAAACAAGCUGUAAAUGGAACUCAGAAAGAAAAGGAUGCCGGGGGUAAUUCUCGUACUAAGAAACAGUCGAAAUUAGCUAUUGAAGCUUCCAAGGAGACAGAUUUCCCUGAAUGGUAUUCUGAAGUGAUUAUAAAAGCUGAAUUGCUAGACUAUUAUGAUAUUAGUGGUUGUUAUAUCCUGCGUCCAUGGGCAUAUCAUAUGUGGCAGUCGAUUCAACGAUUUAUGGAUGAAAAAUUAAAGUUGAUGGGUGUAGAAAAUGCUUAUUUUCCAAUGUUUGUAUCAAAAUCCGCUUUGGAACGUGAAAAAGAUCAUGUGACAGAUUUUGCACCUGAAGUAGCUUGGGUGACAAAAUCAGGUGAUUCAGAUCUAGCUGAACCGAUUGCUAUUCGUCCGACUAGUGAAACAAUUAUGUAUCCAGUAUUUGCUAAAUGGAUUCAAUCACAUCGUGAUCUACCCUUACGUAUCAAUCAGUGGAGUAAUGUUGUUCGAUGGGAAUUUAAACAUCCUCAACCUUUUCUUCGUACACGUGAAUUUCUUUGGCAAGAAGGACAUACUGCAUAUGCAGAAAAAGCUGACGCUGAAGCAGAAGUUCGUGUUAUCCUGGAUCUCUACGCUGAAGUAUAUGAAUACUUACUUGCAGUACCUGUAGUCAAAGGUCGUAAAACUGAACGUGAAAAAUUUGCUGGUGCAGAUUAUACAACAACUGUGGAAAUUUAUAUUGACGGGAAUGGACGUGCAAUUCAAGGCGCUACAUCACAUCAUUUAGGACAGAAUUUUAGUCGUAUGUUUGAUGUCACCUACGAGCAUCCAGUGACUAGAAAACCUGCUUAUGUUUAUCAAAAUUCUUGGGGUCUUACUACGCGUACACUAGGUGUUCUGAUUAUGGUACACAGUGAUGAUAAGGGCCUUGUACUACCACCACGUGUGGCACCUAUUCAGAUUGUAAUUGUCCCGUGUGGUAUUACUGCAAAGACAACUGCUCAGGAAAGAGAAUCUCUCUUAUCUUCCGCCCACUCAGUAUUUCAUCAGUUAAGUCAAUCAGAUAAAAAUUUCCGUGUUCACUGUGAUGAUCGUGAUAAUGUCUCACCAGGAUGGAAAUUCAACCAUUGGGAAUUGAAAGGUGUACCUAUCCGCCUGGAAAUUGGUCCCCAGGAAGUCGCUGAAAAGAAAGUAUGCUUAGUACUUCGACACAAUGCAGAAAGAGUAAAUGUGCCAAUGGAUACGUUAACGCAUAAACUACCGUGUAUAUUAGACGGAAUUCAUAAUGCAAUGUACAAGAAAGCAUUGGAUUCAUUAUCGAAUCAUGUGAUUGCUGUUAACAAUAUGAAUGAAUUAUGCACUGCAUUAGAUAAAAAGUCACUUGCAUUAGCUCCAUUCUGUUGUGAUAGAGAUUGUGAAGAAGUAAUUCGACACGAGUCGGCCAGAAAUGUCAUUGUCGAACCUGGUGCACCAGCUAUGGGUGCUAAAAGCUUGUGUAUACCAUUCGCUUGUGAAUUCAAUCCAAAGUUGACUUGUGGAACUCCACCAUCCGGCACACCUUGUUUCAAUUCGCCACAUUGUUGUCGUAAAGCAGAGUCGUACACACUAUUCGGUAGAAGCUACUAA